CACAGUUCAAGUCGUGCCUUCCUUUGCUCGUUCACUCCUAUCCAAAAAUGAAGCUGUUCAUCCUUGCCGCCCUCAUCGCCGUCAGCUCCGCAGCCCGCUUGGAGCAUCUGGAGCAGCAGCGAGGACUUAAAGAGUAUCUUCCUCCAGUUCAGUCUGGUCAGGGGCAGUUUGGUCAGCAGAGCUUUGGUCAGAGUUUCGGCGGCCAUGGAUCUAACGACUUUGCAUCUCAGGGCUCGAACAGUCUUGAUGCUGGGGAUUCUGCUGGCUUCGGAUCUGCUCCUCAGGGAUUGAGGGCUAGCGCUGGUGGUGCCCGUGGUUUCUCCUCGUUUAAUGCUGCCCGCUCCAACCAGUACCUGCCUCCGGACCAUGGUCCUUCUGGCAGCCAUGGUUCUCACGGCCAAGAUGCUUUCGGAGCCUCCAGCAACCAGUUCGGUUCCCAGUCGCAGUUCGGCCAAAAUACCAAGUUCGGCGCCCAGGGCUCCAGCGGCUUCGGAUCUCAAGGCUCUAACGGCUUUGGCUCUCAUGGUUCCCAAGGUGCUCAUGGUGCCCAUGGGUCCGGCUUCGGCGCUCAAGGCUCCAGCUUCGGCUCCCAAGGCUUUGGAUCCCAAGGCUCCCAAGGCUCGCACGGCUUUGGAUCCCAAGGCUCCCAAGGCUCGCAUGGCUUUGGAUCCCAAAGCUCCCAAGGCUCCCAAGGCUUUGGAUCCCAAGGCUCCCAAGGCUUUGUAUCCCAAGGCUCUCAAGGCUUUGGAUCCCAGGGCUCCCAAGGCUCCCAUGGCUUUGGAUCCCAAGGCUCCCAAGGCUUUGGAUCCCAAGGCUCAAAAGGCUUCGGAUCCCAAGGCUCUAGCUUCGGAUCCCAGGGUGCUCGUCAACAGAACCUCCGCCAAUACCUUGCGCCUAAGACCUCUCACGACAAUAUCCCUCAGCAGCCUUUCGACCCGGAGUCUGGCUACAUAUAUUAAAUCCUUUUAGUGACUUAAGUCAUUGUCUAAGUCAGGAUUAUUGUAAUUAAUUCACUGUAUUAGUCAAACAUUGUGUUCUAAUAAUGCUCAUUGUAAAAAUAUUCAAAGACAAUAAAGUAUUGUAAAG